UCAAAAUCGAUCACUAUUGGUCCAUUGGGUGACCUCUGGUUGGUUGGAAUGGAACUUCUGUCUGGUGGCCUGCAAUUGGGUGGAUGAAGACUGGAGGAUUUAUCAUGGUUUUGAUUGGUAGCUCACUCUCACGAUCAUGGUCAUGGUAAUCUUGGUGGUGCCAGGUCCCGAGGUUGGUCUCCUCCACCAGGAAGUCGUCGCAGCCACAGACCCCAUGAAACUGGAAACCGAGGGUACAGGCCUAGCCGUCGACGUUGACAACAGAUUGCAGCUUAAUUGUGUGUGUGUCAUGGAUGUUAUUGGACUUUGAUUUGUUAAUGAAGUUACUUAAGACAGAUGUGAAGUCAUUAAAGCUGUAUGUAUGUCAAUAUUAUCCAUUGUGGUAAAUGGACUUUAUCAAGUCUUUUGUCAUAUUUUUUAUUUUUUUGAGUUCAGUGCAGUGACUCAUCCAUUUGGUAUCUGUAGUAAGCCUUUAUUGUCCUUAUCACUGUGUCAAUACAGAGAUAACUUGUCCUUUAUCAGCCUUUAAUGGAAAUCAGUGUGGUUUUCUCAUCUUUAAUACAGUGCUGGAUAUUUUUCCCAAAAGAUACCAGAAUUUCAAAACAAGUAUACUAUCAUGUAUUUCAAAGAAUGUGUAUUUGGUGCAAAUUGCAUACUGAAAUCAGGAGCCCAGCUGUAGAUAGAGUAAAGUUUGUACAACAGUGACUUCUGUGUGUAUCUCCUUCAUCCAUUCCUAUUUGUUACAAUCAAAGAAAACAGAUUUUUGUGUUUGGUGCUCAGUGUGUUAAUACUGUCUUUGUGUAAAUCAAAAAAUGCAGUCAGAAUUUCAUUCAUCUGUUAAGGAUAUUGUCUCAGUUGCUGUGGAAAUUGCCAAUGAGAAGCAUCUACGGAAAUUGAAUCAGAAUGAACAACUUUCUGAAAUUGUUCAGGCAAUGUGUACAGAAUUCACUGUGUCAAAAGAUCCUGGUAUAUAUGCAUUACAGUUAAUGGAACAAGAUGGAGGAAACAAGUAUGUGACAGAGGAGAACCGAGGUGAGAUAAAGAAUGGUUCUAUUUUACGGUUGGUUUUAUCCCCUUCAGAAAUUGUGAAGCAGAUUAUUGUGAGACUUGGUCCUAAAGCAUCUGACACAGAUGGGAAACUGUGGGCAUUGUCAAAGCUUUCAACAUUAAGUGCAGACCCAGUUUUUGCUAAAGCUUUCCUUGCCAGAGAUGGCUACAAACUAAUAACAAAGAUGGUACUGGAUGUUUCAGAAUCUUGUGCUAAUAUCAUGUACUGUCUGCGUUCUUUCACAUGGUUGAUGCAUCAUCGCUUGGUACCUCCUAUACAAGAUGGGUUUGUUAAGCGAUUGAUUGACUUUGUUAGUAGUGAAAAGCAUCUUCCAGUGGACCUCAUUGAAUGUUGCCUUGAGAUCUUGGAGAAAGCUGUACAACAAAAAGAAGGUGCCAUGAUGGCAGGAAUUGGUAUCCCUGAUCUGAUCCAGCAUUUGUGGAACAUGGAUAGUCCAUCAAUUCAAGUGAAGACAUUGGCUUUCAUUAAUUCUUUGGCACAAGGGCCAGAUUCCACCAAAAUUCUUGGGUCAAUGAUUUCAAAACAGAUGAGAGAUACAAUCCAGAACAACAUUUUGUGCUCUCAUGUCAGUCCGACCAUGGCCCAUGAGCUAUAUGUUUAUCAGACAUUAAUACUUGGCUUGCUACAGGAUAGUCUCACUUCUACAAUUGAUCCUUUAGGGACUGAUGCUAAGUACAUCACAGAACUGAACAGCAUACUGGCAAGUACAAAUGCAGAUAUGCAGAAUAUGAAAGGCAGCAUUGUUUCACUAAAUAAAGAGAGAGAUACCAUGACACUGAUGGAUAAGGACUUGCCAGAUGUAUUGUCUAAGCCUUUUGUUAAUGAGGAUUUUGUAUGCAGUACGCCACAGCUGGUGAAACCUAGUAAAAAGGCUUCUUACACUAGAUCAAAAUCUACUCCUGCACCAAGUUCUUCUGAGCUCCAUAAAAGACAAUCUCUUACGAUAAAUUUCACUUCAGAUCACUCUGUUCUGAUUUGCCGACUCACCCUUAAUUGCAUGCUGUAUUUUGCCAGACGUUACUGUAGGACAUUCAUGCGGAUGGUACUGGAGGAACAAGCUUUAUCACGGUCAUUUCCAUUUACUUGUGAACAUCUUAUCCAAUCUCUUUGUGAGUUGCUGGGUGUGGGGAAACCCCUAAAGCAUGAUGGGAUGUAUCAGCCCAUGGUAUUCACAGCACCAGAUGACUCUUCUUUCAUGGAGGAACUGUUCUGUCAUGCAGUACUGUUGUUGGGAACAACACGCAGAGAAAUGAGGGCACGUACGCCUAGCGACCAAGAAAAGGUGUUGUGUGUACUGCAGCGGCAACUGCGGGAAGCACUGACUUUGCAGCCAGUUACACUGGAGCAGCUGGAUGAAAACUUUCGCAGGUUUCCAUACACUGUGAUUGCAGAGAAGUGGCAGUUGGAGCAUGAAAAGAAGGAAGAGUGGCAGCUAACACACUUGCCUCCCAUCUUGCAGCUGAAGGAGCAACGCUCAGGUGCAAUCCUUGAGCUAAUCGAGCAACAGCGCAUCAACACACUACUGAGGGGGGCAAAGUUUCCCAAGUACACUGCAAGGGGCCAGAGGGUGAAAAAAAAGUCAUGGUUUGUGUGUCUGUCCACAAAUCAGAGGGCUUUCCACUAUGGUGACUGCGAUGACAAAGAUAGACUUAUGUUGGACUGCUCCAGUAAAAUUUUAGUAUGCAACAUUCGAAUGCUGGUCACUGGCAAGAAGUGUCCGCAUGUCAGGGAUGUCAGGAAUCGGAAGUCUGACCAAUAUACAGCUGACCUUGCAUUCUCUGUAAUAUUAGAUGAAGAACCUCACAGUUUGGAUUUUGUAGCACCUGAUCAGCGAGCAUUUGACUACUGGACGGAUGGUAUCAAUUGCCUUUUGGGAAACCAUAUGACAAGUGCCACCAAGGAAGCAGAAUUCAAAAUGCUACUUAAUCUUGAAGUGCGACUGCAGCUGCUAGAUACUGAGGGUGUAUUCCUCCCGAGCAAACCUCCUCUGGUUCCUAGUGACCCUCCAGAUUAUAACUUCCAUUAUAAGUGAUGCAGCAUCAUUAAAUGAUGAUAUUAUUUUGGAGUUGGCUUCCAGUUUCACAUACUACUUGAUUAGUAGAAACAUAAGCCUUCAAAAUCCCCUACUUCUGAUGCUGACUCAUUUAUGUGAAAACAUUUUAUUUUGUAGAUUAUAUCUUUUACUUUUUCACUGUUUGUAAGAAGAAAGACCUCUGUUCAGUUAAAUGUAAUUUUCCAUCCUCAUUUUACUAUGUUCAUGUUGUUUUUAUUUUAUUUUGCUGUAAGUUUACAAUACUUAAUGUAGAAUGCUUUUGUUAUUAGAUUAUCACUGUUUCUACUGUGAGUGUGUGUGUGUGUAUACAGGUGAGUCAGAAGUAUGUUUACAAACUAUGAACAUGGGGUCGCAAAUGUUUCAUUUUCGAAAUAAUAGUCAAACAUAAGUUUCAAUGAAUGA